CAGAGGGCGGGCGCAGGCAGCAGGUGGGCGGGGUGCGGGCAGGGAGCGCGAGGCGGGGCGGGGGGCUGCCGGCUACACUGGGGCCGGCGCGGCGGCCCUGCGUACGGGCGCGCCAUGGACUUCAAUAUGAAGAAGCUGGCGUCGGACGCGGGCAUCUUCUUCACUCGGGCAGUGCAGUUCACAGAAGAGAAGUUUGGCCAAGCUGAGAAGACUGAACUUGAUGCCCACUUUGAAAACCUCCUAGCUCGGGCAGACAGCACCAAGAACUGGACGGAGCGGAUCCUGAGGCAGACUGAGGUGCUGCUGCAGCCCAAUCCCAGUGCUCGAGUGGAGGAGUUCCUGUAUGAGAAGCUGGACAGAAAGGUGCCCUCAAGAGUCACCAAUGGGGAGCUGCUGGCUCAGUACAUGGCAGAGGCAGCCAGCGAACUGGGCCCCAACACUCCCUAUGGGAAGACACUGAUGAAGGUGUCAGAAGCUGAAAAGCGUCUGGGAGCCGCAGAACGGGAUUUCAUUCACACUGCCUCCCUCAGCUUCCUCACACCCUUGCGCAACUUCCUGGAAGGGGACUGGAAAACGAUUUCGAAGGAGAGGCGGCUUCUGCAGAACCGGCGCCUUGACUUGGAUGCCUGCAAAGCCCGGCUAAAGAAGGCCAAGGCGGCAGAAGCCAAAGCCACGACGGUGCCUGACUUUCAGGAGACUAGACCUCGUAAUUACAUUCUCUCGGCCAGCGCCUCCGCGACUCUGGAUGACACUUCCCGCUCCCCUCCCUGGGCCGAGUGGAAGGAGAAACAUCCCGGAGGGUGGAGGCUGCCCUGUUUUUUUCUUUUGCCACUGACCCCCAGUGUGACUCUGGCCCGAGGCUGCCUUUCCCUGCCGGAGGACAGAAAGCUUUGGAACGAUGAGGUAGACAAGGCUGAGCAGGAGCUUCGAGCGGCCCAGACCGAGUUUGACCGGCAGGCAGAAGUUACUCGUCUCCUGCUGGAGGGGAUCAGCAGUGCCCAUGUGAACCACCUUCGCUGCCUCCAUGAGUUCGUCAAGUCUCAGACCACCUACUAUGCACAGUGCUACCGCCACAUGCUGGAUCUGCAGAAACAGCUAGGCAGCUCCCAGGGUGCCAUAUUUCCAGGCACCUUCGUGGGCACUACAGAGCCUGCCUCCCCACCCCUGAGCAGCACCUCACCCACCACCACUGCGGCCACCAUGCCUGUGGUACCUACUGGGGCUGGCUUGGCCCCUCCAGAAGAGGCAGCACUGUGCCUGGAGGAGGUGGCUCCACCAGCCAGCGGGACUCGAAAGGCCCGGGUGCUCUACGACUAUGAGGCAGCUGACAGCAGUGAGCUGGCCCUGCUGGCUGACGAGCUCAUCACUGUCUACAGCCUGCCGGGCAUGGACCCCGACUGGCUCAUUGGUGAGAGAGGCAACAAGAAGGGCAAGGUUCCUGUCACCUACCUGGAACUUCUCAGUUAAGCAGCCCCUUCCCAGGCUCUGCCACUUAGUUGUCUGCUGGUGACAGAGCUGCUUAGGAUAAGGGACCUAACCCCUUCUGGCUGUGCCCGUCACUCAGCUAUUAAGGACCCCACAAGACAGAAUGGCUCCAGGCCCCUCUGCUAGCCCUGCUUCUGACCUGCAACCCUGCACACCCCAGGCUUCCCAGCUCCCUUGAGGCCGCGGGUCACAACAUUUGACACCACCACGGGCCCAGGAUAUGCUGGGGAUGUGCUCUUGGCAUGAGAGAAACAUCUGCCUUCCAUCUGAGGAAGUUGAGGGUUCAGCAGCAAACAGGCAGGGCUGGGACAGUGUGGCAGGAGACCAGAAGGGUCAGCCAGAGCAGCAGCACCAAGUGCUGCCUCCCCACUCCCCUCAGGGCUCUGGCUGGGUGCAGUGGCCACAGCCAGCGUCCCCUCAGUUUCUAGCUGACAUUCUUCUGCCUGUCUGCUUGCUCUCUGGCAAAUAAACCCUCCUUUGUGUGCAAAUA